GCCCUGCCUGGAGAGGCUCGCCUUCCUCGCCGCCCGGAGGUCGGAGCUGCUGCCGCGCUAGCGUUCCGCAUCGCUCCAGGGCCCCUCAGGCGCGGAGCUCCGAAUCCAUCAAGAGUCUCCGGCACGUCUGAGCUCCGGUGGGCGAGGGCUUGCGUGUUUCCUCCAGCUAGGGAGGUCGGAGAGCGGAGGUGGAGGCAGUUUCAGGCCUUAGGCCUGGCGGGCCGGGUCGGGUGAGACGCGCCCAUCAUUAGCCAAACGGGGCGCCCGCGGCCCUCUUGGGACCUCACCAGCGACCCGUAGCUCUGACACGCGCUGGUCGUACCCCGCAGGAAGGACGGGUCCGGCCUGAGGCCUGGGGCGGCGGCCACCAUGGAGAUCACCUCGGCCCAGGGCCGGUGCCAGGGGCCUUGGGGGCGGCCCUGACCGUCCUCCUCCCCGCCAGUGCUGGGUCGUGGACGUGCCCCCAGCGGCAGUCCGCCACCUCUGGCUCUCCGCCUUCCCCGGGCCGCGCUGCUGCCUGGGCGCGGCGGCGGCGACGGCGCCCUGUUGAAUGGGCUGUGAGGGCCCAGGUUUGUAGCGCUGGCGAACGCGGCCUCCGGGGGCGCAAGGCAGCAGCAGCGGUGGCGACCAAACGGGUGUUGGAGUUGGCGGCGGCCAUGGAGGGCCUGGCUGGCUAUGUAUACAAGGCGGCCAGCGAGGGCAAGGUGCUGACUCUAGCUGCCUUGCUCCUCAACCGGUCUGAAAGCGACAUCCGCUAUCUGCUGGGCUAUGUCAGCCAGCAGGGAGGGCAGCGCUCUACGCCCCUUAUCAUCGCAGCCCGCAAUGGCCACGCCAAGGUGGUGCGCCUGCUGUUAGAACAUUACCGGGUGCAGACUCAGCAGACUGGCACCGUCCGCUUCGACGGGUAUGUCAUUGAUGGUGCCACCGCUCUUUGGUGUGCGGCGGGAGCAGGACAUUUUGAAGUUGUUAAACUUCUGGUCAGUCAUGGAGCCAACGUGAACCAUACUACAGUAACUAACUCAACCCCUCUGCGGGCAGCAUGCUUUGAUGGCAGACUGGACAUUGUGAAAUACUUGGUUGAAAAUAAUGCCAACAUCAGCAUUGCCAACAAGUAUGACAAUACCUGCCUAAUGAUUGCCGCAUAUAAAGGACAUACUGAUGUGGUCAGGUACCUUUUAGAACAACGUGCUGAUCCCAACGCUAAAGCACAUUGUGGAGCCACAGCAUUGCACUUUGCAGCGGAAGCAGGGCACAUAGACAUUGUGAAAGAGCUGAUAAAAUGGCGUGCUGCUAUAGUAGUGAAUGGCCAUGGGAUGACACCAUUAAAAGUAGCUGCCGAAAGCUGUAAAGCUGAUGUUGUCGAACUGUUGCUCUCUCAUGCUGAUUGUGACCGAAGAAGUCGGAUUGAAGCUUUGGAACUCUUGGGUGCCUCCUUUGCAAAUGACCGUGAGAACUAUGAUAUCACGAAGACAUACCACUAUUUAUAUUUAGCCAUGUUGGAAAGGUUUCAAGAUCGUGAUAACAUUCUUGAGAAAGAGGUUCUCCCACCAAUCCACGCUUAUGGGAAUAGAACUGAAUGUAGAAACCCUCAGGAACUGGAAUCCAUUCGGCAAGACAGAGAUGCUCUUCACAUGGAAGGCCUUAUAGUUCGGGAACGGAUUUUAGGUGCUGACAAUAUUGAUGUUUCCCAUCCCAUCAUUUAUAGGGGAGCUGUUUACGCGGAUAACAUGGAAUUCGAACAGUGUAUCAAGUUGUGGCUUCACGCCCUGCACCUCAGACAGAAAGGUAACAGGAAUACCCACAAGGAUCUUCUUCGAUUUGCCCAAGUUUUCUCACAGAUGAUACAUUUGAAUGAAACUGUGAAAGCACCAGAUAUAGAAUGUGUUUUGAGAUGCAGCGUUUUGGAAAUAGAACAAAGUAUGAACAGAGUAAGAAAUAUUUCAGAUGCUGAUGUCCACAAUGCUAUGGACAAUUACGAAUGUAAUCUCUACACCUUUCUGUAUUUAGUGUGCAUCUCCACCAAAACACAGUGCAGUGAAGAAGAUCAGUGCAAAAUUAACAAGCAGAUCUACAACCUGAUUCACCUUGAUCCCAGAACUCGGGAAGGUUUCACCUUGCUGCAUCUAGCUGUCAAUUCGAAUACGCCAGUUGAUGAUUUCCACACCAACGACGUCUGCAGCUUUCCAAAUGCACUUGUCACCAAGCUCCUGCUAGACUGUGGUGCUGAGGUGAAUGCUGUGGACAAUGAGGGGAACAGUGCCCUUCAUAUUAUCGUUCAGUACAACAGGCCCAUCAGUGAUUUUUUGACCUUGCAUUCUAUCAUCAUUAGCCUAGUUGAAGCUGGCGCUCACACUGACAUGACAAAUAAACAGAAUAAGACUCCGCUAGACAAAAGUACAACUGGGGUAUCUGAAAUACUACUUAAAACUCAAAUGAAGAUGAGUCUCAAGUGCCUGGCUGCCCGAGCAGUUCGGGCUAAUGACAUUAACUACCAAGACCAGAUCCCCAGAACUCUUGAAGAAUUUGUUGGAUUUCAUUAAGUGACUGGAUAUGUAAAAUUGUUUAAUGUGGUGCUAAAAAGUAAAGAACUUUAAUCACAGACAAUAGAAUUAUGUGUUCAUAAAUUCUACUUUUCUUUCCAUUACCCUUUCUCCCUACCCAUCCUUCCUUAGUUUUGUAUUCGGUCUUCUUGCCUCAUAUGGUAAUUGAUUUCAAAUACACUUUAAACAAAGCCACAUUGUUUAGGUGUAACUAAUCUAAGGUGUUUGAAUAUUGGUCACUUAACUAUUUUUUUUCUUUUUUAAGGAAUGAAUAUAAAAUGUUUAUGUAACAACAUUUAUGAUUUGAAGUUCUGUUGAAAAAAACUACCUACAAAAGUAUUUCUGUUAAGCCUUUGUCAGCAUGUUAUCCUUGCAGCAGUUUUGAGGAUUCCAUGAAGAAAAACAACUAAAAAUGAACAUUAUUAAUAAUGGGGUACCCAGGUGUUCUGCACAUGCCAAACUGCUGUAGGUAGUUUUCACUCUUUCAAUAAUCAUGUGGAGUGAUACAGCACAUUAUAACAUCAGGAGGAUUAAAAAAAUAUAGCUGCGGAUUAAUCUAAAAAUGUGCUAAUUUAAUAAUAGGUAUAAAUUUAUAAAGUUAAAUCCAUUGAAAUUGUUGCAUUAUGCUGGAUGGUAUAUACCAAGUAGUAAAAUCUUAAAAUAACUUUUCAGAGAGUAUUGAUGGACUAUUUGCCUUUAGGCUUGAAUUCUAAAAUUCUUUGAAGUCUCUUUUAAUGUAGUUUAUCUAAAUUGUAGCAGUCUGCAUUUGACUCAACUCACAAACAUGUAAAAGUUAUGAAUGCUGUGUUUUCUUAUGAAACAAAUUGUCACAUAUAGUUACACACUCUAUUUUUGUUAUUUUUCCCUCUCUUUCCUCCUGUGUGGUAUCUUAAAAUUUGGAAACUACUUUUCCAGAGGGCAUUAUUUGUGCCUCCCUAAUAAGGUGUGUAUGACAGAUGAAAGGAACCAGGAUGUUUUUAAUUUCUUUGACUUUCCUAGUCUUUGUAAGUAGAAAAAUAAUCACUAGAAUGGUACAGGAAAUUAAAUAUUUUUCAUGAUGAAAUAAUUUGCAAUGCUACUUUGAAAGAUAAUUUAUGUCUGAGAGCUGCAAAUUUUUCAACCACAAAAUGUCAGUCAUUCCGACAGGCUGUACAGAGGUCUUUAUUUUAUUUUAUUUUAUUUUUGUUUUGUUUUAAUGGCAACAUUUUAAAUGUAAGACUAAAAGAGUAUUCUGUGAUUAUCUUUUAAGCAUCACAGAAAUUCAAGUAAAGCGUACACACCUAUUUUUAUUGAUGUUAAAAAUGAUAAAAUAAAAUUAGCUAUAUCUGUAUUUUUCUCUCUAGUGCCAAAUGAAUGCCUUAGCUACUCGUAGUGCAUGGUACUGUAAGUAAAGACGUACACUUUUUUUUUCAUGAAAAGCAUUAUAAUGAUGUAGCAACAUCAUAUAUAAACUUAAAACCUGUAAGGUUUCAAUUAACACUUUAUGUAUGGAUAUUGCUUUGUGAAGUAUAAGAGAAAGGUUGCAGUUGGAUCAGUAUAAAACAUAAUGACCAAGCCAAAAUUAGCACCUAGGGCCUUAAAUAAAAUAAAGGUACCCCACAAAAUGAACUACUUUGAAGGGUGGGAGGGAAUGGAAGGGGGAACUUUAAAAACUUUUUCCCCCAAGAAUGCAAGAUACUUUUACAGCUACUGUAGUUAUAGUUUGUGUGUCCUCUUGCUUCAGUUAGGAACGUUUUGAUGGUAAAUUCUGUCAUGGUAAUAUAUUUCUGUUUUUCUAACCUGAAAUUUUUACAAGGAAGGUUUUUUAGGAUGGUUUAAAGGGAGGUAUUUGAAUGAACCCUAAUUUGAAAAUUACUGGCCUUGAUCCUCCUGGUGUGAGUCAAGGAAAUACUGCACCUUGCUUUUGACACCCCUAGUGGACAGAGAGAAAAAGCACGUCCUCAAGGUGAGUGAAUCAUGUCUUUCUGCAACUCAGAUCGGACCCUGCAUUUUUCAGACUUCAAGGCCUGCUUAAUUGACAGUCUGAGGAACGGCUAUAAUACUUGGUAUUAAGCUGGUUUCAUUAAUAAUGUAUAUGAUUUUUAAACACCAAAACUUAAAAUAUCAGAUAAUAUUGCAUGUUUUAAAAACCAUUUCAUCCCUUUGGCAACACAAGACCAACACUAUUUUAGAUAUUGUUUCUUUGUAAAAUGAGGAUAAUGAUUAUAUGUACAUAUUUAGACAUCCAAAUCUAAUGACACAGUGUUUUUGAGAAAGGAGAACUGAAUGCUGGAGAAAGUAAAACUGCUGAUUGAAAUGCUGACAAAGUUGGAGAAAAUUUGAAGACAGUGGAAUAAACUAUGAACUCUGCUAAUGGUAACUGAGUUUUUUUUUUUUUAAACUAUAGUAGAGAAGUAUGUUGUGCACUAUAUUGCUAAGGAUGUGUGAUUCUGUCUUGUAAAAUAAAUCCAAAUAUGUAUUGUGAAACACCUGUAUAAAACCAUUCUUGAAACAAGUGACCUACAUGCCUGUUUUUUUAUUUGUUUUUGGUAGAAUUAUUUUAAAAUAUGUUUAGCCAAACCCUUCCCAAGGUUAAGUUUUUUUUUGUUGUUUUUAGAUUUUUGUUUAAGGGAAAUAAAUAGGUAAGAAAGGUGAUAGUUCUGUAUCUCAGCUUUCUGAGAACUCCAGGCUGUUUCCAUUUUCCAGCCAGUUUUGUCAUUUUAUGUUUCAUAUUGGUAGGAUUAAGCUUUGGAUUGUAAGUCUUCCCUGAUAACAUUACAAAUUCAAUCAAAACUUCUUUGUCUUGCUCAGUGAUUGUCAUAUAAAUUUGGUUGACCUGAUGACUACCUGGGCACACACCAUGUGAAACUUAGCUUGAUUUUGUGUAGAGUUGCUUAAAUUGAGUUCUUGAGUUUAGGUGACUAUUUAACUCAAGGAACAGGCAGCAACUCCAUUCCCUCAAUUGAUAAAGAAGGGGGAUGCUUUUGAUAGAACUCUGACACUACCAUUUUUUUCAGUCUACCCUGACUUGCUGUAGUAGGCCGCAGUCCAACUACCGUAAGGUUCUUCACUGUGGGAACUUCAAACAAAGCAGGCAAGCUUUGGUCUUGCUUAUUUCUGGGAGAGGUUUUAUUUCAUGAUAUUAAUCUUGAUUAAUAACUGGUAGUUAUGAGAAACUUAGGUGUGAUAGCACUGCGUGAAGUAAAAGAUGAUAAGGGGCAGCGGAUGCCUAAAUAACUACAUUUGGCAAGUGAUUUUGAAAAUUAAAAUCCCAAGGGAACAACACCCUGUCGCCAGUCUCCACUGCAGCUCCUUUAUGAAUAAGACCAUUUUGGAGUAUUCAAGCAAAGCAUUUCUGUUUUGGGAAUGGGGCAGGGUAAGGAGUGAGUUGCUGGACCUUGGACUUCAGUUUGCUGGUUUUAGAAGCAGCCAGUGAUUAAACUAGUGAGUAGAUGGAUAAAAGUAUAAACAACUUGUUUUUAUGGUAGAUUUUCUGUAAAAAUCGUAAGUGUUCCUUUUCAGACUAGCCAGAUGUACCAAUGUACAGAUGACGUUCUAUUUUUCCUCAGUGACUGUACUGUAACAUUAAAAUGGGUUACAGAAAUCGAAACUCUUGCCUUUUGCUCUCUGACAAGUUAGUUACUAGUUCAUAAGAUUUUAAGCUGUGUUCAACUGUGAAAGUGCACAGCUGUGCUCCGGAUACCCUCUCUGAAAAGCAGAAAGCUCCUAAUUAUGUGUGGCACGUUGCAGGGCUUUCUCACACAUUUCUGGCAGAUUUGCCCACAUCUUCAGAUGGGCUGGGUUAUAUAGCAUCCCCACCCCCAUAAAUGGGAUCUGAAAUAAAUACUACACUGAUAGUGGUGAUAGAUACAUUAAUUUUUACAACUGUAAAGUAAAUGUGGUCUUUAGUCCUAGGUUUGUGGUGUAUUCAUUUGUGUUAAUGUGUAGGGAAGGGACAUUAACUUGAUGGUUAUGGGGAGUGUAUCUUGAUGUGUGUGCAGGGGUGAGUAUUGCUAAAUCAUUAACAGCUUUUCAUUUAGGGGUGAGUCACGUGAUGAAUGGCCUAAUCAGAAAAAUGAAGGAGCGAAGAUGCAAGCUUUACCAAGUGAUGACGUGAACAAGGUUUUGUAUGUUUUUUAUCAGGUGUUGUAAAAUUUGUGCAUGGCUUCUUUUUUGUUGUUGUUACUUAGUAAUUGGUAGAGGAGAAAACAUGAGGGGGAAAAAAAAAACCUCAGCUUUGCUAACCAAUCUUUUCAAAGGUACAUAGUUGGGGGGAGUAAAAUCUGACUGGCCUAACGUGUUGAAAGAUCCCAUCCUCUAUAAUAUUCACCCCAUCCUGCAAUCUUCCAUGUAGAGGAACUAAAUGGUUGUAUUCUAGUAAUUCACUGUGAUUUAUAACAAACCAGUGAUGUUAUUCUAUUGUGCACUUUUGUCAAACCAUUUACGUGACUUUAAUAAACUUAGUAAACUUGCUGACUGCACCAGAGAUCUGUUAGUGAUUUAUAUAUUGCAUGACAUUUUCUGUUCGAGUUUGACAUGUAGAAUCAUUUUUAAUUUCAUGGCAAUUGACAGUCCUAAUAGCUCAGCUAAUUUGAAACUAACAAAAUUGCUGUGUAAAAGGAAAAAAUGGUGUUUGUGUUCAGUAAAUGUUAAAAAAAAACAACCUACCUUGAAGUUUGUGUCUUUAUUGUUCAGUGUUCCUUAGUUGAGAUAUGUUUUGUUGAAUUCAUUUGAAAAAAAGUUUUCAAAGUUAGAAAUGUGAAUUGGGAAAAAAUUCAGAUAGUAAAGAAAACUUCAAAUAGUAAAAAAGACAGAAAGGUAAGAAAGAAAGAAAAUUCCCUUUUCAUCUCUCUCUGCUUCCCAUUUGGA